UCCCUGACGUUGUCACUUUGGUAGAGGCCGCUUUGACUUUUUUUUCACGCCGAGCGGAGCAAGAUGGCGGCUGUACUGCCGAGGACGAGGUGUAGUAGCCGCUCGGCAUGAACAUUUAUUUUUGAAAUAAAUUGAUUAAAAUCAAACGGAAAUAUUUCAACGUCGGACUACAAGGGGCGUGCACUACUUCACUCCAUUACAAUAAUCGACAUUUUGUAUAUUGUUUUAAGAUUUUUUUUCUGACAACAUGAUCACAUUGUAGUAGCUAGCUCACUAAACUAGCAAGCAUAGCCAGCCUACCACCGUAGCAAACGCAGGAGAAAGUGUAGAAUGGGAGAAAAGCUAGAACUCAAGCUGAAGUCGCCGGUUGGAGCCGAAGCUGCUGGCUAUCCGUGGCCGUUACCAGUAUACGACAAACACCACGAUGCUGCUCAUGAAAUCAUUGAGACCAUUCGGUGGGUGUGUGAGGAGAUCCCAGACCUUAAGCUGGCCAUGGAGAACUAUGUCCUCAUCGACUACGACACCAAGAGCUUCGAGAGUAUGCAGAGACUUUGUGACAAAUACAAUAGAGCCAUCGACAGCAUCCACCAGCUGUGGAAAGGCACAACUCCGCCCCUGAAGUUGAACAAGCGGCCGUCCAAUGGGCUGCUCAGACACAUCCUGCAGCAGGUGUAUAACCACUCGGUCACGGACCCCGAGAAGCUCAACAACUAUGAGCCCUUCUCCCCCGAGGUGUACGGCGAGACCUCCUUCGACUUGGUGGCCCAGAUCAUCAACGAGAUGGAGAUGAUGGAGGAUGACACCUUCGUAGACCUCGGCAGCGGGGUGGGACAAGUGGUGCUACAGGUUGCCGCAGCAACGAACUGUAAACACUACUUUGGUGUGGAGAAGGCAGACAUUCCAGCCACUUAUGCUGAGUCUAUGGAUAAAGAAUUUAAGAGGUGGAUGAAGUGGUAUGGGAAGAAACACGGGGACUACACGCUGGAGAGGGGGGAUUUCCUGUCUGAAGUGUGGAAGGACAGGAUCGCCAACACAAGCAGUGUUAUUUUUGUGAACAACUUUGCCUUUGGUCCAGAAGUGGAUCACCAGCUGAAGGAGCGCUUUGCUAACAUGAAGGAAGGUGCGAAAAUUGUAUCAUCAAAACCUUUUGCACCUCUAAAUUUUCGAAUCAACAGUCGAAACUUGAGUGACAUUGGCACAAUAAUGAGAGUCGUUGAGCUGUCUCCGUUGAGGGGUUCAGUGUCCUGGACAGGGAAGCCAGUUUCCUACUACCUGCAUACAAUAGACCGCACCAUACUUGAAAACUAUUUUCAUAGUCUCAAAAAUCCUAAACUCAGGGAGGAGCAAGAAGCAGCUAGGCGUCGACAAGAAAAGAAUAUGAAAGACAAUAAGAACACCACCCCAACCAAGGCAAAGGAGCACAAGGAUUCCUGCGGGGAGGAUGAGCAACCGGGGCUAUUGGCAGUCGUGAAGGCGUCACCCAAACCCCGCCGCGCCAAAAUCCUCAGCAAAGGCCGCAAGCUGAGCGCUCGGAAGCGCGGGCGUCCCAAGAAGGCUGCCGUGACCACAGCCGAAUGCAAGAGCAAGAAGAGCCAGAGUGCCCUGGAGCUGCUGCACGCCAAGACCAUCUCUGCAGCACCCCCCCAGGAUGCAUACAGGUCACCUCAAAGUCCCUUCUACCAGCUACCUCCCAAAGUUCAGCACUAUGCGUCUGGGCAACUGCUGCUGGGCCCCACUCCUCCUGGCCUACAACAGCUUCUAGACAACAUUAAAGUCCAGUACCUCCAGUUCAUGACCUACAUGAAGACACCUCAGUACCGCAAUCACCUGCAGCAAGUCCUGGAGCAGGAGAAGCUAAAACACAGAGAGCUCUCUGGGCAGGCGGAGCAGCUGCAGACUGUGUGUCAGACCCAUAAAGAGAAGAUCAAAGGCCUCUUCCACACCAAACUGGAUGAGCUGGGAGUGAAGGCCCUAACUGUGGAGGACCUGCUGCAGGCCCAGAAGGAGAUCUCAGCCCACAACCAUCAGCUGAAGGAGCAGACCAAGCAGCUGGAGAGAGACAUGAUCGAGCUGAGGGACCACAGCCUGUUCCUGUUGAAGUCUCGGUGUGAAGAGCUAACGCUGGACUGGAGCUCUCUGUGUCUUGAGAGCCUGCUGAAGGAGAAGCAGGCCCUACGUAGACAGAUCUCCGAAAAACAGCGGCACUGUCUCGAGCUACAGAUCAGCAUCGUGGAGCUGGAGAAGAGUCAGAGACAACAGGAGCUGCUCCAGCUCAAGUCCUACAGUCCCUGUGAGGGUUCCCCUUACCGAAAGGGCCUCCCUCGCCCUACCCUGGACCACGACACCCCCAAACUGAGCCUGGUCGUGGCCGGCCUCAGCCCCGAGCUGUCCAUCAAUGGCACCGCCUCGCCCUGCUUCGACAGGAGGGGCACCAAGGGAGAGCUCCUCUCCCGCUACCUGCCCAUCUCGCCUGACCACGAGAUCGUGCCCCCCACCCCGGACGCCCGGCACAGGCAGCUGGGUCACCCCCUCCCUGACUACACCCGCUUCUCCCCAGCCAAGAUCGCCCUGCGCAGACACCUGAACCAGGACUCUAGUACUGCACACUUCAGAGGCUUGGGCUUCACUGGUCUCAGGGGGGAUAUGGGCGCCAUCACCUCUCCACUAGGCGCUAAACUGAGCUGCCUGUCUCCCAACUCAUCAGACAGUCAGCAGAACAACACACCCAGGAGUGCUGAGAGGGGGGGUAAGGAGAAGAGUCCAGCAGGGGGUCAGGGUGACGCCAUCACCAGCCUGCCCAUCAGUAUCCCCCUCAGCACGGUGCACCCCAGCAAACUCCCCGUUAGCAUCCCCCUGGCCAGUGUGGUGCUGCCCAGCCGAGCAGAGAGACUGAGGAGCACACCGAGCCCUGUGUCCCAGACAGGCCAGACCAACGGGUACUCCUCUAGCUUAGGGCUGAUGAACGGAGGCUCUCACUCUGAGGACCAGGAAGGGGCUGCCCCCUCCCCUCCCCCUCACGGUGCCCCUCCAAUGGGACCAACACAAGGCCACAGCCCCCCCCUCAGCACCGGAGGGGUCCUCCAGUAUGCUGACGGCACCCCCAGAAUCCUCCCUGAGGACGGGGCCGAGCGCCAGGGCGAGUCUGACUCGGAGCCCCAGGACAGCGAGUCCAGACGCCGCAUGUUCUUCUCUUCUUCCUCUUCGUCGUCUUCCUCCUCCUCUGGGGGCGCCGCGUCUCGCCUCCGCCUCGGCUCGGCCAGACAGAGCCAGCAUCACCUAGGUAGCCACAGUAACCACAACAACCACCACCACUCGCCGGGCUCCCAGCACACAAACUCUCACGGCCAUGGGUCUCAGGAGGAACGCAAGCGUGGGAGGAGGAAGCGCAGCUCAACGGGGGCUCAACCUGCCAGUGGCUCCCCAAAGAGGAAGUCCUUUCCUGGGCUCAGCUCCACCAAUCACCCAUCAGGAUCCCCACUCAACAUCAACUCCAUGGUGAACAACAUUAACCAGCCUCUGGAGAUCGCUGCCAUCUCUUCCCCGGAGCAGUCUGGAUGUAGCCCCUGUGGUCCAGACAUGGACCAGCCCCCCGUAUUGAAGCGAGAACGCCCUCUGGAGAUGAAUGGCUCAGGACGCUACUCCUCCGCACCCAGCUCUGAUGACGACUCUGGCUACCCCGCUGACAGCUCCAGCUCAAGAAUUGAAAGGAAGAUUGCCACUAUUUCCUUGGAGAGCCGAGAUGGGCCAGGCAGAUCAGGGGACAGGGAGCGCGGAAGGAAGUCAGGAGGCAGCAGCAGUAACAGCACAGGAAGUGAGGUCUCCUCAUCAUCUUCCUCCUCAUCCAACAGCAAGUGGAAAUCCACCUUCUCCCCCAUCUCCGACCUCAAACAGCCCCUGUCCGAGGUGAGGCAAGGGGGCUCCCCCUUUGGCACAGGGAGAGAGCCGCGGGGCACGGGUACGGACUCAGACUCUGAUCACAAACCGCAGCAGCAGAGGAGGGGGGGCGAGGGGGCCGGGGGUGAGCCCUCAGGGUUUCAGGACAUCCCCCUUAACCCCUUCCUUAGCCAGGAGUCUGGGGGCCGGCCGGGGGCAGGGGCCCAUGGAGGAAGCAGCUCUGAGAGGCAGGCCAUGCCCAAACAGAAGCCCCGGGGUGAGUGGGAGCUGAAGACAUCCAGCAGCAUGGGCAACAGCCAGAACCUCUUCAUCUCUGCAGCCGUCAGCGGGGGUAUCCUGAGCGGCAAGGUGGGGGGCAGCCCUGUAUCUUCAGCCUCAGGGGCCUCUGUGGGACAUUACCUGGGGGCCCAGUUCCCCCUUGGGGGUGCCUCUGUCCUCCAGUCCCUGUUCGGAACCCAGACGCCCGGAACCUCGGUGAGCGGGGCCCCGCGCCUGGUCAACGGACACUCUUCCCUGGGGAGCUUCUCCAGCGCUGGGCUGGCAGGCAUGUUUCACCACGUGGUGCCCUCAGUGUCCUCCCAUCAGUUUGGGGCUGCGCUGCCAGCCUCAGGAAGCCUCAGCUCUCUGCUCAGUCUCUCCUCCUCCCAGCAGCACCAACACCCCACCCCCCAGUCAGGCUCCUCCUUCCUGGCCUCUGUAUCCUCCUCCCUGCCCCUCUACCAUUCCCAGCACAGCCGCACCCAAACAGUGCUGCACACCCCUCCACCCCCCACGCUCUCCCUGCCCCCUCCACCACCAUAUCUCAACGUCUCCUCAUCCUCGGUAUCGUCCUCUGACCCCAGUCCCUCGUCUCGCUCUGAGGCCUUCCCCUCUUCCCUCCAGCAACAGAGAGCACAGUCCUCCUCUCUCUCGGUCUCCUCCUCUGCUUCUGUCUCCCCCUCUUCACCUUCCUCUCGUAGCUUCACAGUGCACUACCCCCCUCAUCUGCCCCCUCCAACCCAGGCCAGUAGCUCAGGAGGUGGGGUCAGCAUGUGGAGGACUCUGGGCUUGCCUGCUUCCUACACGUCGUCCUCUCAGCACCCUGGCUCCCGGCCUAGAUAGGGCAUAGGGUGAGGGAUGUUGUAGGGAGGGUUUGGGUCAAUCAGAGGGAUAAGAGGGAGAGGUAGGGGACUGGUAGGGAGAGACACACAGACAACCUGGUUUUCCUGUGCUUCCAAAGCUGCUAUUCAGUUCUAACAAGGUAACUGAAGAAUAUCUACCUCAACCCAACGUAACCUAUGCAAAUGGACAGGUGUGGACCAAUGGACUCUACUAUCUCACUGGUGCUCCUAAGCCUGCUAAACCGCCACUGUACUGGGACUCAACACACACACACACACACUGCUUCGGCAACUCACGCUGACACACACUGGCAGCAUGGCGUCCUGAGCAGAGUUGAGCGGUCACGGGGGUGUUUGUGUUGUGGGUUGAGGCUAAUAGUAAUCACUGGGCUGUGUUCAUCCCAUCCUUAAUGAAUUGGCAUGCUGCCUACUCUUAACAUUAUAGUGACACAUGAAACGCACUGUUUCCAUGGCAGUAACUUGUAAAGGUACAUCACUGUCACCAUGUAACGUGGUGCUAAUAAGAUUUACUAAAUAUACAUAGUUAUUUGUUAAAGACUCAAUUCACACAUUUGACUACAGAAGAAGUCAGUCAGCAGUGUAGUUUUACAUAUCACUGAUGCUGUUAUAUUUGUAAAGGCAGACAGUGUGUACAGUGGGAGAUUCGUGUGGGUCUGUCAUCCUAGUAGACCGCACUCUCCUCUUUGUUCUGUCAUUAUCUGACUACCGGGUGCUAUAUUAGACCUCACCCUCCACGCACACCAUCACACACACGCUAGACCAGUCUAACCCAGCUCUGAUCAGGACUAGGGACCAUGCAGCUGUGCCUCACAGCAUCUCUAGCACCCUGCUACCUAACCUUGAACCCUGAUCAUUUGUUCAGUGAAUGAAAUAUAAUUUGAACACAUUAGCUUUUGGCUACAGUAUAAAACAGGGGGAAGCUGUUGGUUCAAAUGCACUGGGUAAAAUAUCUGUGUACCCUGUUACAAUGUCCCUGGUGCAGGGACAGCACUAUAGUCAGCUGUCAGCCCAGAGUAAAAAGUUCUUAGUUAUAUUGGUGUAAUUAUGGUCCUUGUCAAGUCAAAGGAUCAUUUAUAUGAAUAACGUUCGUGUCUGGAAAUGAAAUAGUAGGCCCCGAGGUUCUCAUUCACUUAAGUGCUGCCGGCUGAGCUGUGCGUCAACAUGUAUGAUGUGAACAGCAGAAGGACAGGAGGAUAGAAAGCGGAAACAGGAUUCAGUUACUGAGACAGUCCGUUUAUAAUCACUACUUAUAGAGCCAGCUGGAGUGCUAGAGCGUAGGGACCCGCAACGCAAUGUGCAUUCUUCACAAGUAGGAAUCUCAACUACUCUUAAUCUAAGCUUCUUUGUUAUGUUUUUUUAUCCCUGCCGAAACACUGAUAUGAUGAUGAAAACGCAGGUGUAAUUUUGGGACUCAAAUGUUGUUUGUGUUGUAUUCAGGCAAGUCUCUGGAGUCAUAUCUCACUGAGUUCACAGGGUUGGGUAGAAAUGCUGUCUGUACGUGUCACCUGUUGUCCACUAACACUGUAGUGGCGCUUUCUGCAGCCACUUCAACCUGCACACACUGAUAUACAAACACCGCUCACACACUGGGAAAUGCAUGACUAACAACUACUGGGCCAUUUUCACAGCUUUUGAUUGGAUUUUAUUUUUCAUUUUUGUAAACAGUAUUGUACUGUGAAUAAGAGACAUUCUCUGACUGUAUAAUUGUGUAUAAUUUAGAUUAUUAUAUUUAUGCUGUCAAGUUUCUCCAUUUUGUAAAGUUUUGUUUUUGUUUUCCUGAAACAUGUGUAACAGUGUAGAAUGCAAUAGGUUUAAGUGUGUACUUGACUCAGUCUGAAAUCAAUGGUGCUACAAUCUGUAUAACUCUGGACUGUGCCUAAUAUUAUUUAUACAAUAUUAAGAACAUCAAUAACUGUCAAUACUUGGUGCUUGUUCACAGUGACAUUUUAAAUGCUAUUUUCUGGCAUUCUUUCUCGUAUUUAAAAUGUAAUUAUCCAAUUGAAUUGUUUUAAGCCUAGUGUACAACUGUAGUCACUGCACGAUUUGAUAAAGCUAUCUUCAACCUACGGCUGACUCAGAGUUAUGAAAACAGGUAAAGCUCUCAUUAGAUGUGAUUUUUCACAGUAUUUUUGGCAUACUGCGAAACACCCUUUUGCUUUCAGAAACUUGCAAAUUGUUCAGGACUAUUUGUAAAUGCAUGUGACGCUGUGUUUUGUACAUAUACGUUUGUGUUAAGAAUGGUGUGUAGGUGAAUAAGAAAUGCCUAGAUUGAUUUGGGGUAUUAUAUUUGUAUGUUUUUUUUUCUUUUGGUGCUGAUGUGUGACCCACAUCUACAGCCUGUCAAACAGGUUGGGCUUGGACCCAAGGGAAACAGCAGUGCAGAGUUGUUAAACCAGGGCCUUAAUAGAGUGAAACACCAUGACUGUUCAGUGUCAAUGAGGGCAUGCCAGUCACAUGGCACCAUCUCCUCUGAUAUACACAGAGAAACUCUAUGCUUCUACUAUUAUGUGGUUAACACAUACAGAGGGAGAGAUUUGUACUGCAACUAGACUGUCUUGAUUUGUUCUGGAUUGUAAUCAGAUUUACUUCAUGCUUUUUAAGGAGAAACUUCUACUCUGUGAAACAACAUGCCUUUCAGUCAUUGUAAAAAAUAUUUUAAACUAGAAAAGAGAAGGUGCUGUUUCAACCAUAAAAACUGAUUUCAGAUAAGGUUCUGGGUGCAUCCAAAAGCCAAAUCUCAUCUUUCACUUCUGCCUGUCCUGGGAUAUGGCUUAAAGCCGCCUCCUUCCCAUAGUAUGAGCAUAAUACAUCUGUUGUAAUUACAAGUUCAUUGUUCCAAUAUAACUGGUAGUAGAAUAACUAGUAUGUGUUACGUGGGUUUGCAACAACCAGGCUCCAUUUUGAUCUGAUUGUCAUUUGUCAGUCCUUACUAAUUGAGGAUGUGAAGCAGGAUAUUCAUUUAUCUUCAUUGUUUUGUUUGUUUCAUCUGUGUCCUUGAGGAGAAAUAAGACAUCACAGCUUUAUAGUCACAAUGGUGUCCAGUAGACAACAGUACUUUGCAAUCAGGAAUGAGGACAAUGAUUUGCUCAUGUCAGUCAUGACCAGAGAAGCUAGUCCCCUGUUAUCAGCACUGACAGGUCUUUUGUAAUUACUGUUAUUGUUGAUGUUUUCAUAGUUUUUUUUAUUGUUUGAUAUAAUUGCAGUUGGUAUCAAUGAUGCUUUUAUUAUGACAUAAGAUUCAGAUCAAAUUGGAAUACUCUUAGACAGACAGUACGGUGCUCUCCUACACUUAAAACAAGGAAAAUGCAGCUAUUGAUUAAAUACACUUCCUCUCCUGUUGUGCUAGAGGAGGGAAAGGUUUAAUAAACUUCAACACAAGCUCGCUUGUUGACUUAUUAUUAAUGUCCCAUCUGAAAAUAUACUUCCUAGUUGGCUGGAGUGGCAAUGUGUGUGGGAGAGAGAAUAAUAUUGUGUAGUGAAUAUUGUUACUUCAGGUUUGAACAGUUCAAUGUACCCCAUUUUAAAUACGUCCCCUAAAGAAGUACACAUGAUCUCUGGCAAAUUUGGAUACAUAUUUAAUACCGUAGUGCAGUAUACUGCUCUAUUAACUUUACAGUUAAGACUGUUUCACAUAACAAGACUCUGAAUCCUGCCAAAGGUCUCUCAGGAACAUAGCAGAUAUCUUGAAGCGAUAUAACACUACUGUAUACGUCACACUUAUCUAUAAACUGUGACUUCAUUAUUUCUUUCCCUAACUCAGGACCAGGGACCUCUUAUAUUUUGAUGUAACUUGAAAAUUCAUAUUGGUGCUUGGAGUUGACAGACUUCCUCGAAGAUGUAUGUUUGUCUCCUCAAUUUCUCACUGUCGCACACAUCCAGCCACUCCAGCAAAAGAUUGCAGCUUUGUGUUCGACUGGUCUGACAAUGUCGUGGAAAAUCCUCUUCUUACACUCUCACAAAUGCCUCGUCUCACUCCCUCUCUCUGAAAAGGAAUUAAUGUCCUUUUUUUAAGUGUUGUGAUCCCUACAUAGGGAGAAUGCUGUGUAGUUGGACUGAAUUUUAACUCCACAUAUGGAUCAGUAGAACUAAGGGCAGAUUUGAGGUGCAAUAACAGCAAACCUACUUUCCAAAACGCCUUGGGCUGUCAUGGGAACUCUUGUUUGGUGUUGGUGCUAUUAUCUUAGAUGUUUAAUGACAAAUUGAAAUUUGUUUCUGUUUUUUUGCCUUUUUAUGAUAAUUAUUAAUAAAAUGGUUUCUUAUAAAGUA